AAUACUUUUGGUCUGAAGUGAAAAGUGUGACUCUUUUGGCAGUUCUAUUAUGUGUGUGUCUGCAGUGUAGUUGGGUUUGUUAAUAGUUAUAUAAUAGUUAAUUUUGCACCCUUAGAUGAAUUAUUUUACAGCAGUAAUUGAGGUGUUUUAGUUACAUAAUGUAACAGGUGCUGAAACUUAAACUUAGUGACAUGAAGAUAGAUUCACGUGACAAAAAGGAGUUCUUUUUCUUUAUUUAACUCUGCUACUUAAAGAAAGUGAAAACAUUACACCAACCAGUCACACUGCUUUAUCCACCACUUCUCCAUACGUCCAGUAGAGGGAGCUGUAUCGUCACUUUUGACAAAAGACUUUCAGACGCGUUUCCAUCACGGUGAGGCCUUUAACACCUCUGUCUGCUGCUGCUGCUCACAGAGUCACAGAUUUUACCUUGAUGUCAAAACACAUUCACUUUGAUCAUCAAUAGAUAAAGUGGAUGUUGUUUUGAUUCGGUCUAUUUCUGUUGCUGCUUUUAUCCUGUGUGGACACAGCGAUGCUGGUCAAAAAUGCUCAACGAUACAGGGGGUUUCAGCAAUCCGGCUGCACACCCAUUGGGGGUCCAUGAGUGUUGUCAUGGUAACAUGCAGUGUGGUUGGCAUGAGGCCCUAAAGCCUCACCUCCUUAGAUUUAUUUCUCAAUAACUUCUCCUUUUUAUUUUGACUGAUUUGACUUUGUGGGAUGUUUUUGUUUAUUUGUAUAAUCACCUGACUAUUUUUAUUUUUAUUUUCUGUCCACAGAUGGAGCAGGUGUCAGACGAUGAGUUGGACCAUGGAGCGGAGGAGGACAGUGAUAAGGAGGACCAGGAUUUGGACAAGAUGUUUGGUGCCUGGUUGGGGGAGCUGGACAAGCUUACGCAGAGUCUGGAUGAUGGCAGGCCACAGAAAGCACUGCAGAAGCCUCCUCUCAGACAAGAGACAAACAUGGCCAACUUUUCCUACAGAUUCUCUAUGUACAACAUUAACGAGGCCUUGAACCAGGGAGAGACAGUUGACCUGGACGCCCUCAUGGCGGACCUCUGCUCCAUUGAGCAGGAGCUCAGUACAAUUUCCAGACCAAAUUCCACAUCUCGGGGACAGAGCAAAGGCCAACAGAGGGCGCCUGGACGCAGUGCAAGCACGAAGCACACAGGCACCGGUGGAGGAGGGAGCAGCGGAGGAAGCACGAGUAGCAGCACCCGAGCCUCCCCUGCCAACACAGUAAGAGGCAACAGCCGCCCCGCAGCCUCAAACAUCUCCCUGGACGACAUCACCUCUCAGCUGGAGAAGGCGUCCUUGAGCAUGGACGAGGCUGCUCGGCAAACCUCCUCAUCUUCCUCCUCGUCUUCAUCCUCUUCAUUCUCGUCCACCACGCUCCGCCGGCCCUCAUCGGGGUCCUCUGGCGGUGGGCAACACCGCAGGACGGGCUCUAUGGGGGGCGUCAGUGAGCAGGAGGCGCCGUCACAGCGGUCUAGUGUCAACUCAGCAUGUGCCUCCGCCUCCAGUAUGGACUCACUGGACAUUGACAAAGUAAUGACGGCAUCAGAGGUGGAGAGUCGCAGCAGCUCCAGCUCACAAGGACAAAACCAGACGAGCACUGAGCAUGUCACACUGCGGAGGGCCAAUAGUAAUCCAGUCAGACGUCAGCUUGACUUCACCUCCCAGGAGGGCGGUGUGGACCGGGCCACUCACUCCUAUUUGGACCAAGAAACCUCACUCAUUCUGAAAAGCAUAGCAGGAAAACCUUCUCACCUCCUGACCAAGGAGGAACAAGCAGCCAAACUGAAGGCUGAGAAGAUUCGAGUUGCCCUGGAAAAAAUCAAAGAAGCGCAGGUGAAAAAGCUGGUGAUCAGGGUCCACAUGUCAGAUGAGAGCUCCAAGACCAUGAUGGUGGACGAGCGUCAGUCUGUCAGGCAGGUGCUGGACAGCCUGCUGGACAAGUCUCACUGUGGUUACAGCCCUGACUGGUCUCUGGUGGAAACCAUCUCUGAGCUACAGAUGGAGCGUAUUUUUGAGGACCAUGAGAACUUGGUGGAGAACCUGUUGAACUGGACCCGGGACAGUCACAACAAACUGAUGUUCACCGAACGCAUCGAGAAAUACGCUCUUUUCAAAAACCCUCAGAACUAUCUGCUGGGGCGGAAGGAGACAUCAGAAAUGGCUGACAGGAAUAAAGAGGCUCUGUUAGAGGAGUGUUUCUGUGGCGUCUCUGUGUCUGUGCCUGAGAUUGAAGGUGUCCUGUGGUUGAAGGAGGAUGGGAAGAAGUCGUGGAAGAAGCGGUACUUCCUCCUGAGGGCUUCUGGGAUCUACUACGUGCCAAAGGGCAAGGCCAAGGCCUCCAGAGAUCUCGUCUGCUUCCUGCAGUUAGACCAUGUGAACGUGUAUUAUGGUCAGGACUAUCGCAGCAAAUACAAGGCUCCCACUGACUACUGCCUGGCCCUGAAGCAUCCACAAAUCCAGAAGAAGUCACAGUACAUUAAAUACCUUUGCUGCGAUGAUGUCAGGACUCUGCACCAAUGGGUGAAUGGAAUUCGAAUCGCCAAGUAUGGAAAGCAGCUCUACGGAAACUACCAGGAGGCCAUGAAGAGGACAGAGGCUGCCUAUGAUUGGUCGUCUCUGUCGACCUCCAGCAUCAGAUCAGGGUCCAGCUCAGUUAGUAUUCCAGAGUCCCAGUCCAAUCACUCAGGCCACUCAGACAGUGGUGUGGACACAGGAUCUCAUGGUCGGUCACAGAGUGUGGUGAGCUCCAUUUUCUCAGAGGCCUGGAAGAGGGGAACCCAAAUUGAAGAAAACACUAAGAUGAGGAUGGAGGCGUCCAGGUCAGGCACCCUGCCCCACGCUUCCCACAGUCAUCGGCAUCACAGCCAGCAUUCACUGGACCACGCAGCCUUAACCCCUCCACCAUCACAGAAUCCACCAUCACAGAAUCCACCACAGACACCAGUGCAGAUGCAGGCGUUGACCCAGCAACAGCAGCAACAUCAACUACAACAACAAGUGCAACAGCAGCAACAAUUGCAGCAGCAGCAACAAGUGCAAGAGCAGCAACGGAUGCAAGAGCAGCAACGGCUCCAAGAACAGCAACGGCUGCAAGAGCAGCAACGGCUGCAGCAACAGCAGCAACAACUACAACAACAAGUGCAACAGCAGCAACAACUGCAAGAGCAGCAACGGCUGCAGCAGCAACAUCAACUACAACAAGUGCAACAGCAGCAACAACUGCAGGAGCAGCAGCAACUGCAACAACUGCAGGAGCAGCAACGGCUGCUGCUGCAGCAACGGCAGCAGCAACUGCAACAAGAAGUGCAACAGAAGCAACAACUGCAAGAGCAGCAACGGCUGCCGCUGCAGCAACGGCAGCAGCAACUCAACGGCAGCAGCAACUGCAACAAAAAGUGCAACAGAAGCAACAGCUGCAAGAGCAGCAACGGCUGCCGCUGCAGCAACGGCAGCAGCAACUGCAACAAAAAGUGCAACAGAAGCAACAGCUGCAAGAGCAGCAACGGCUGCAGCAGCCACAUCAACUACAACAAGUGCAACAGCAGCAACAACUGCGGGAGCAGCAGCAACUGCAACAAAAAGAGCAGCAGCAACUGCAACAAAAAGUGCAACAGAAGCAACAGCUGCAAGAGCAGCAACGGCUGCCGCUGCAGCAACGGCAGCAGCAACUGCAACAAGAAGUGCAACAGAAGCAACAGCUGCAAGAGCAGCAACGGCUGCAGCAGCAACAUCAACUACAACAAGUGCAACAGCAGCAACAACUGCAAGAGCAGCAACGGCUGCCGCUGCAGCAACGGCAGCAGCAACUGCAACAAGAAGUGCAACAGAAGCAACAGCUGCAAGAGCAGCAACGGCUGCAGCACGCAACAAACACAGCAGCAGUACCUGCAGUACCUGCCUCCACCACCUGGGUCUCCUCAAAAAGCCCCACAGCAACCAACACAGUCUCCACAGCGCCAUCAACAGCCACCACAGGAGCAUCCUCUCCCACCUGCCCCACCCCCACAGACAGUCGUCACUUAUAACCACAUGCCUCCACAGCAGCAACAGCAGCAUCAGCCUCCUCCACCUCCUCCUCCGCCACCUCCACCACCUCCCCCUCCUCCUGUUCAGAUGGUGUCGCACCAUUCGCCCGCUCUCAACAUGUACAAGUUCAGCACCAUCACCAGGCUGCGGAAUCAAAAUGCAGCCAGUCAAAACAAGCUUCCCAGUCUGGGCCCAACCCGCACACCGACGCCACCUGCGGCUCAGGUGACUGUCAAACCAAAUGUAAAUCAUAUCGCAGCAAGGACUAAUGUCCCACCUCCUCCUCCACCACCUCCUCCCCCUCCGCCCUGCAUGCCCGCACCAGGUUCAGCCAUGGCUGUGCUGAAGCUGGGACCGAGUCCAGCCACCACGCCAUCCUGCUUUCCUCCACCCCCAGCACCUCUGUCUGCUCCACAUAUGAACGGAACAGCCUUUCCUCCUCCUCCACCCCCACCCCCAGCUCCACCUGCACCAGCUCCCAUGAGUCAGCGGGUUUACUCCACCGGACUGAAGCAGGCUCUGAAGGAACGCUUUCCCAGCCCACCACGGGACCUGCUGUGUCCUAAUGGAGAUCUUGAUGAGUCGCCACCUCCGGCCCCUGCUCCACCACCACCUCCCCCUCCUCCACCUCCACCACCUCCACCGCCACCUCCUCCUCCCCAACAGUUGCCAGAACCAGCCCAGUUUCCGCCUCCUCCUGGACCUCCGCUGGCCCCUCCUAAAACCUUCACCCAAGGCUUUGUCCACAAACCUGUGUCGCCCGUCUCACCUUUUCCUCCCGCUCCGCCGCCAGCUGCUUUAGGAGGCCCAACUCCACCACCACCACCACCUCCUCCUCCUCCUGCACCUCUCAAGAAGCAGUUCAGCCUCCAGGCAGGGCACAGCACCUCCAUCGUCCACCCUCCUCCAACUCUGCCCAAGCAGCACAGCCUGUCCAAACCACCUGUCUCAACAGGAGGACCUCCUGCCAUGUCGUUAGUGAAACAACUAGCCAGUCAGUUUCCAGGAGCUUCCUUGCCAGUCGUGAAUCCAGCCGAGCUCCCCAAACCUCCCCUCUCUCCUCCUGCAGUCAAGACCAAACCAAAAUGGCAGCCUGGUGGCAGCCAGCAGCUCCAGUCUACUGACUUUCCUCCACCUCCUUCAGAAAACAACGCUGGCUUCCCUGCACCACCUCCUCCACCGCCACCUCCCCCAGCUCCUGUUGGUGGUCCCACUCCACCCCCACCUCCUCUUCCACCCGGGAAUCUUGGAUCCCCCAUCAGGAGGUCACCAUCAGGUUCGUCCAAUUCAGGACUAAAGAAACCUCCUCCUACUCCACAGAGAAACUCCAGCAUCAAGUCCAACGGUUCCUCCUCCUAUGAAGAGUCCAGGAGGAACUUGCUCAGCAAGUUUGCUCCACAGAGCAGCACUUCUUCCUCAUCCACAUGCCCUGCUUCCUCCUCCUCUGGAUCUCCUUCCAAGGAGCUCUCUGCUGGACCCCCUGCUCCUCCUAAACCAGGCAAGCUCAACCUGUCCAACUUGCCUUUGGCUCUUCAGGCCAAAGUGAGCCAGACAAAGCAGUCUGGUGGUGAUUUCCCUUCCCCACCUCCUGACUGUGGCUACUUUCCACCUCCUCCUCCACCCAAUGAUUUGUUUCCCCCUCCACCACCUCCCACUAAUGAAGUGCACAGCACAGGGCCUCCGAAGGUUGCAGUGGUUAACCCCCAGCCUCAGGCUCCGCCUCCUCCACCACCUGUACCCCUUGUCAGCAACUCAACAUGGAGUAAGGGCUCACUGAAAAAGACUCCUCCCCCAACACUCGCACGGCGUAGUAACACCACCCCUGAACCUCCUCCACUCUCCCCACCUCCACCCACCUCCCCAAAGGGCAGCUCGGGGCAGCCCAACUUCCUAGCAGACCUGAACCGAACACUGAAGCGAAAAUCAGUGGGUCGUCAGAGUUCUCUGAACUCCGCCAGCCUCUUGGGAAAGUCUGACCCUGCAGGGACCAUGGAUGACAUGGCACUGCCUCCACCUCCACCUGAGCUGCUCCUGGACAACGUGAGGCAAAGCAACGGAGGGAAUGGGGGCUACAUGUCCGGGAACAUCUCAGGCUAUGCAACACUGCGGCGAGGACCUCCACCUGCUCCCCCUAAACGUGGAGACGCCACCAAGCUCACCGGGUAGUGUUGAACGCCUUCAUGCCUGAAGUGACAUGGGACAGUUGUUCAAAUAAGUGGGAAGUAAAAUCCCAGGUCACGUCUGUCCCCCCGGGGUCACCGUGACAAAAGACUUUGUACAUAAUCAAAUCUUAACCCGGCCGUUAACACUUAGCAUUUGCUAAUUUUUGCUUUUUUUUUAAAACAUGCUUUGCAUUUUCUGCAUCUGCAGGAUUUACAAUAUGGGUCCAUUAAUGAGCAGAGCAGGUCAGUUUGAAAUCACAGAAAACUAGAAUUUCUAUGAUUGCCUAAACUCUCUGGAAAAAAAACACCUCUAUUGUAAAUCCUGGUACAUGGAGCAGGUUGGAAUCAGAGUUUUUUUCAAAUGUUACUGGAUCCAAGUCUGAGCCAAACAAUGUAUUUGCUUCUUUGCCACAAGUCUGUGCCACGUACCGGAGACGACAACGUUAGACAUAAACCCCACAGGUUCUCUGUGCUUUGGUUCUGCAUGGACCUCAAGUAACCAGUUAGCUGUAAAACAUGAAGCUGUUGCAGUGAGUAUGCAUGUGUGUGUGAGGGAGAGAGACGUGCAAUGAGCAUGCAUAUGUGUGUAUAUGAUCAUAUGGAGGCAAAACAGUUAUUGGUUGAACUAUGAUGGCAGUCUUUCCACACAGCAGUGCAGUGUUGGUUCACUGAACUCUACUUUGUUUAAAAGAAAAUAAAUUGAAUAGUCGAGGAACUCUGAUGCUGACGUCCAGCACAGAAUAGGUGCUCGAUGGAAGACGGCUAAUUGGUCAGAAGAUUAUUUAUCUCUCACAGAAACUGGUUUCCCUUUAAAGUCCACAUUUGUUCGAGCUGCAGAACACUGCACUGCUGAGUGGAAGCACAGCUGCAGACGAGGCAAUUGUGAAGGCGUUUGCUUUUAUAUAGAAUUAUUUAACGAUUAAUGAAUGGAAGGAUUUUUUUACGUGUCUGUUUUUUGAUAGAUGGUCCACGAGGUUUGCCGUGAAACAGAAAACUAGUAAUAAAAGAAUGUAUACCAAGAAACACAACACUAAGGAGCAAACUUUGACCCUGUUUAGACCCGGUAAUAAUGUCAGACCUGAGUGAUGUGAGACCAGCUAGAGGUUUACUGUGACCUCACUAUGAAAAUUAUAUGUCGCCGUCUUCUCCAAUUAUUAAUUUCUCCAUAAGUUUGACUUUGAAAAAAAAAAAAAGACUGUAUGUAAGAAAUGGGUGGAGCUGGAGGUGCUACAGUCCAGGUUCUCAUUGAACAGGAGUUGUGUUUUAUGAAUUAAGAGAAAAAUAGAGGAUGGGAGAAAAAUGGGAGGGCGGUUAUGAUUGGUCACUGUGUUUGAUUGACAGCAUGAUGGUCCAGAAGAAGCAUGGUGAUUGUAAACUUUACUGGUGUUAGGUCCUUGGUAACAGUGGUAAACAUCUGUGUUGGGUUGACUGGUUGGUUAACUGUAGUAUAUUUGAAUGGUUUAUUCAUUAGUGAACUCCUGCAGACCCUGCCUUAAUGAGUAAAGUCAUGUUAUUAUCGGUCUUGUUACCACCUGUCCUCAAAUCUCCAAAUGCAUUCCAAGGAGCUUAUAGGACACAUUCAGUCAUUCAGACCUGCACCGGGAGCUGUCCACGUGUGUCCAAAUCUCAGACAGAAUCUAGUAUCAGGUCUGAACAGGGACUUCAACACCUGAACUGUUACACCGCACAAGACUAGUACAGAUCAGAAGGAAACCAUAAUCCCCCAUUAACACAGUGAGGUGAAAGAAGACUCUUCACCGUCUGGAGACAAACUGGACUGUUGUAUAUGGUGAUGAAGGUGGUGCUAUGUGUUUGACAUCUGUACUUCAUUUUCACCAUUAUAUCCCAUCAGUGUGUGUGACUGCACAGUCACAGUUGCUGCUCAACUACUGUCAUCACUGACAUCAAAACCCAGGAAGUGCAGAUCAGACUGGUAUAUGUAGUUAAUGUACAGAACGUUCAUCAUCAUCAUUACUGUUUCUGACUGUAAUUUACAGGGAUUUUAUGUUUAAUUAUUAUUAUUAUUAUUAUUAUUCUAAAAACUGGGUCAUGAAGUUCGGCUUUACUCUAUCACGGCUGUGUCUUUAUUUUAAGGGUGCUACUUAUCUUAUAGUCAACAUGUCGUCAUGUGACGUGGGUCACGUUUCACCCGUAUCGGCUGUAGUGUGGAUGCGUGUGUCUGUGUUUGUGUGUGAGCGAGUGUAUGUGUGUGUGUGUGUUGAGGGGGGACGGGUGGGGUCAACGGUCAAGGUGUCUUCGUCCUGCUCAGCCACAGAUGUUUGAGUCCAUAUCAUGGUCCGUGGCUGCAGUACAGUAUGUAAGUUAUUAAUGUGCUGAUGUGAACACGUGGAAGCCAAAUGAAAUGAAAUGAAGAAAAGUGGUUGCAGAUCAAGUCAAAGUGUCCUCUUGCAUAUAAACUGAAAGUCACAAUAUAAAUGUUAAAUCAGAAAA